AUGUCGGGCUCAUCGGUUUUGUCAUUAUUACGAUAUUCAUCCAGGAAUUGGACAAGGAAACUCUAUCAAAGAAUUUCAUUGAAUGUUAUCUCUCGGUCUGUUUGUGAAAAGAGACCAUUCUGGAACUGUAUGCCAAACAUCAGCUGCCACCAGCACUCGUUCACCAACCGUCCAGCUAGCAUUGAUCCUUGCAGGAACUACUGCACCAGCAGUUUAUCUGAGAUGAGAUAUGAGGAGCUAGCAGAGGAAGUACUAGAAUGUCUGUCAGAAAAGUUUGAUGACAUAGCAGAGACUGUGGUUUGUGAUGAAGAAUUUGAUGUUUCAUAUGGAAGUGGAGUUUUAACAGUAAAAAUUAGUAGAGACUGGGGCACUUAUGUGAUAAAUAAACAGACACCUAACAAACAAAUAUGGCUGUCUUCUCCUGUGAGUGGGCCAAAAAGGUAUGAUUACAUAGAUGGACGAUGGAUAUACAAACAUGAUGGUGUGGCAAUGAUGGACUUAUUAACAAAGGAGGUUUCUGAUGCUCUAUCUACACACAUUGACUUUACAGCAUGUGAACUGGAAGACACAUAGCUCACAAUGGAUUUAUAAUUCUGGAUAUCUAUGUGAUGUAUAAUGUGUGAAAGACGUUUUGAAUGUUUUUGUUUGCUUCAUGAAACUGAACACAUAUAUUGAAUAUGUAUAAUUAAAAACAAAUUUACUGCAAAACAGAAGUAUUAAACAACUGAGAAAUCUUUUCAAUUAUUGUACAUGUAUAUAUCAUUGACACAGUAAAAUUUCUACUGUAUGUACAACCUAGGCUACUUAUAUUUUUAGGGGCAUUAUACAAUUUGCAUUUGGAAUGUGCUGUACAUGGAUUGCCUAAUCAUUAGAAACUUUCCCAUGGUAGAAAAGAAGGGAAGAGAUAUCAGUUUUUAUUUGCUAAGAUGCUAAACAUCUUCUGACAAAUAUUUUUCUGUCAAUCCCCCAGCCAAGACAAGGAAUGCUGCAUUGUAAAGUCUCCAGAAUCUACAUUGCUUCUCUUUGAUCAGUUUCUUGUGUAAAGAAAAGUAGUGUUAUACUUCUAACAAAAUGUAUAAAAAUACAUUUCGAAAUAUUUUCAAUUAAGUCACUAGAUUAAAAGUUCAACCAGCAGAACAUUUGAGUGUGAUGUUUCAAUCACUAAUAGAAUCUUCCCCUACCCAGAGGGUAUGAAAGAGAAAGCUCCAACCC